CCCAUUUAUAACCAUUGACAGUGCUGUCACGUAAGCUAGCAAACAGCUCUCGAUGCUAACUUGAAUUGCCAACAAGUGUAUUUAGCCCCAAGACAAAAGGAAAUCUGCAAUGCAACUACACCUGGCUCGGACCCCCUUUCUAAGUACGUUCUUAGCCGCAGGGAAGGUCAAAGAGGAAAUGUAAUGACGCACUUCCUGGUCCCUGCAGUGGGAGUGUUCCGGCUGAGUUGUGACUGUGUGUAAGUCAUUGAACCUUGAUGAUUGUGCGCCAGCUCACCACGAGAGGCCUGAUAAAGUCACAACUGGAUGCUUCGCUGAGGAGAGGCUGGAACAGUCACACGAUGGCCAGGCCCAGUUCAGACCUGGCAGCAUUCAGGGAGGUCUUCUUAAGGGCCUCCAAGAUAGCCAUCAUCACUGGCGCAGGAGUGAGUGCAGAGAGUGGAGUCCCCACCUUCAGAGGGGCAGGAGGUUACUGGAGAAAAUGGCAGGCUCAGGAACUUGCCACUCCUGAGGCCUUCUCCAGGAACCCGUCACGUGUGUGGGAGUUUUACCACUACCGUCGUGAAGUCAUGCUCACGAAAAAUCCUAAUCCUGCCCACCUGGCUAUUGCAGAGUGUGAGGCGCGACUGGGCAGACAGGGCCGUGAAGUCACUGUCAUCACUCAGAACAUUGAUGAACUUCAUCGCCGGGCCGGAUCGAAAAAUAUCCUUGAAAUUCACGGAAGUCUUUUUAAAACCCGAUGUAUAAGUUGUGGCCACGAAGCAGCCAAUUACAACAGCCCCAUUUGUGCUGCUCUGGAGGGCAAAGGAGCUCCAGACCCAGACACACUUGACGUUCAGAUCCCUGUCCAAGACCUACCAAGGUGUGAUCAAGCAGGAUGUUCUGGUCUUCUGAGGCCAGCUGUGGUAUGGUUUGGCGAGGCUCUUGAUUCGAACAUCCUCAUUCGAGCAGAGAGCGUGCUGGAUUGCUGUGACCUUUGCUUAGUGGUUGGCACUUCGUCUGUGGUGUACCCUGCAGCAAUGUUUGCUCCUCAGGUGGCUGCAAGAGGUGUACCUGUGGCUGAGUUUAACAUGGAAGACACACCAGCCACAACUCGUUUCAGGUUUCACUUCCAGGGCCCCUGUGGGACCACCUUGCCCCCUGCACUAGGUCCCCAAAAACAACAAUGAAAGCCAGAGCAGCUACACACAGAAAAGACAAAUGAUUAUUGAACAUAUUUAUUGAACAAGAGGCCAAAAUGAAUAAUAAAGGUGGACAUGGAUUAAUAAAAACAAAUCAAACAGGAA